AUGAACACACCGCAAUCAGAAGUGUCGAGCCCGGAGGAAGUUGAAGAGGUUCUUCCAGUCUUCGUGUCUGCUAUCAGCAGCCCAUCACCCCUCAUAUACUUCCACCAUGUCAUCGACCCUGAUACCACGAAGCUCACGGCUCAAGUUCUCGGGACUAAUAUCUCCUUCAUCUUCAGCCAUCGUCGAGCAAAGAACUUUCUCUGUAGAUCCACAAUUGAAGCACAACUCGAAAACAAAACCACAGGAUUCAUUUCCAUUGUAUCUGCAACAUCUCGCCGUGUUGUCUUAGCGGCAGCUGAAUCAGGCCAUGGUCUUGGAAAGUACGGCGAUGUAUUAGACAAGAAGAAAGGCAUUCUUCCAAAUAGUAUUUGGACCAGGCGAGUCGUGUCCAUGGGUAAGGCCCUUGGUAUGAACAUGAGAAGUCCGUUUGACGACCCCACCGGCUGCAGAAUGGGAAACAUGGAGGGUAUCUUUCGCGGGUCUCACGUUGAAGUCAAACUCGCCGUUCAUGGUAUCUGCGUUCUCCUUCAAACUUUCGAAAUCACAAAAGACUUUAACAACGUCACGAUGAAGCAGCUGAAGCAACUUCGACAAGCUCGCUGGGAAGAUGGGUCUCGUCCAGUUUUCGAAGUGUAUUUCUCCAGAAAGUAUUGCAAACCCUGCAAGUCUCUCGUGCAGAAAUUGCAAGAUGCCACUGGAGUUACCAUCAGACUUGUAUGGAAGCCUCGCCUCGUGAUGAAGAAGUACGUCAUCAGGCCAAUUGAUAGAAACCGAAAACCUGGCGAGCCUCUACAAGCACAGGAGUUUGAGUCUCAAGACUACGACUUUGGAGAUGCUCUACCUGAUGAUUCUGACAUAGAAGUUAUAUCCGACGACGAGGAUGCCAAAGAAGAGGUUGACAAGAUUGACCUUACCCACAUUGAAUCAACAUCACCAAUUUCAUGGAAUCAAGAGAUCGAUGAUUAUCUGGAUGGUCUCGCUUAUAGAGUAGGCCAGAUGCAAGACUGCCCAGAAGGUGCCAGAUCAGCCAUCGUCGAGUUUGCCAGUAUCAGAGUCAACGCCAAGAAGUCUCUCGAUGCUGCAAAAGUUAGCAAGCCCCUACCAGCGACGCCGGUUAUAGAAGCACCGGCAGAUUUCCUCGAGGGUGACGAUCGACAGCGGCAACGACAUACGUUUCCUCGUGCGCAGAAAAGACUGUUUCGUGGACCAAACGACAAGAAUGGCUCGAGAGCAAGGAGUGUUUCUCCCAGACGCCGGGCACAGCCAGUCAGAGACCGCUCGCCACGACGAUACACUUCGGGGCCAUUGGGACGCCAUGCAACGGAAGCUCCUCAAGGGAACUCUUAG